CCUUCAUAUAUCUCAGAUAUAAAGGAAUGGACGCAGCAUUCAUGCCCACCGAGCUUGCAGUGGCCCAUACCCAUAAGAUCACACUUGAACUCGGCCCCUCGAUUACAGCCCUCGGAAAGCCAAUUCGAAACUUGCUGAUCGGUGCUGCGGUGAUAUACUGCAUGACAGGUCUGGUUCGCAGCACCUUGCAAACUGUCCUCAAGAGCCGCGACACACAAUAGGUACUCCGUUCUUACUUAAAUCCUCUCAACUUUCUUGCCCACCCCUGGGUUAGCGGUCCGAGACGGAACGGCAGCGGGAAGAGGUACAAGAGCUGGAUAAAGCUAUUUGAAGCUUGCAAGAGUGACAAUGGUCUCCCUCAGAGCACCUCUGUCCGCCUUUGCCUCGGCAGCCCUAUGGGCGUAUGCGCAAGCUGCCUAUCUCAACGGUGAAUUGAGCUUUGGCUUGAAUGAUAAGAUUUCACCAAACCUGCGAGACGUACCAAACUUCCAUCUUAUUGGAAACCCAGAUCCACCAGAGAUUUUAUCGAACAAAAUUGUCCUUACUACACCAGUUUUUGGGAACCAGAGAGGGGCGGUAUGGGCCGACAAGCCAUUACUACAUUCUUGGUGGACAGCAGAUAUCGAUUUUCGGGCAACCGGUCCUGAGAGGGGAGGGGGAAAUCUGCAAAUAUGGUACGCGGCACGAGGGAGAGAAGAGGUUGGGUCAUCAAGCAUAUACACAGUAGGAAAGUUCGACGGACUGGCACUGGUGAUUGAUCAACAUUCAGGAUCCGCCGGAUUCAUAAGAGGCUUUCUCAACGAUGGAUCCACCGACUACAAGUCCCACCACAAUAUCGACAGCCUGGCAUUUGGCCACUGCGAAUAUGCAUACCGCAACCUAGGCCGGCCCUCUCGAAUCUCUAUUCAACAAUCAAAUGAGAAGUUCCGCGUGGAAGUCGACGGCCAGCUCUGCUUCGAGAGCCCCAAGAUCCGCCUCCCCACGGGAUACAAUUUCGGUAUCACGGCUGCCUCCGCAGAGAACCCGGACUCGUUCGAAGUCUUCAAGUUCAUCGUCACCACCGAAUCCCCCACUCCCGACGCGGAGGAUCCAAACCCGAGCAACCAGCAGGAAUCUGCUGCAGCGAGGGCCCAGAGACAAGCACCCAUAUCUCCCAACGCCAACCAAGGCUUCUCUUCUGACCCAGCGUCCUCGUCCGAAGCCCAGUUUGCCCAUCUGCACAACAGGCUACAAGCGAUGAUGCAGCAAGUGUCGGCGCUGAACCGCGACAUAACCCAAUCGCAGAGCACUGCGGCCGCGCGCGCCAGCACUCUCGAAGCGCAGAUGAGCCGCCUCGAGAGGUCCGCCGAGAAACUCGAUUCUCUUGCCGCCAUCGAUAGGAAGCUGAAUGAGAUCCAGGCGGAUGUGCGGCAGACGAAGGCGGAGCUGCACAGGGCCUUCGAGCAGCAGGUGUCGGGCCUGAAGACCGUGGUCAGGGAUACGCAUCAUUCCAUGGUUGGCAGUCUGGCCGAGAGCGCACCGGGAAUCAUGGGGUAUUUCUUGGUGGCGAUUGGGAGUCAGGCGUUGACGGUCGUUGCGUUUUUGCUAUACAAGAGGAGAAAGGCGAAUGGGCCGAAGAAAUACCUGUGAAAAAGGGGCUGGAAAUUGUAUUAUAGAGUGCUACAGGAUUUGCGCUUCAC